CGCGGCGCCGGUCCAUCUCGUGGCAGUGCAUAACCGGCAGGAAAACUUCGUCGCGAGUUCCCCAUCGCUGUUCCGUGUCGCUUCCUCAGUUUACAACCUCAGAUACAAAUCCGCGAGGCCCGCAGAAUCCCGGUUGACCCCCUACUGUAUAUCCCCGUGUUUUAAGUAGAGUAAAAAAAUCGAAUCGCGCCGUCAUCAUGGUAUGUUCUAUCGAUGAUAUUGCUGACGAGCUGCCGCCGGAACAAAUUGCCGUCCUGCGCAAAGCUUUCGACAGCUUUGAUAGCGGGAAGAGCGGCAGCAUUCCCACUGACAUGGUAGCUGAUAUCCUCCGAUUAAUGGGUCAACCGUUCAACAAGAAGAUCUUGGACGAGCUCAUCGAAGAAGUUGAUGCCGAUAAGUCUGGACGGCUCGAGUUCGAAGAAUUCGUUACGCUGGCAGCGAAAUUCAUCGUUGAAGAGGAUGCAGAGGCUCUGGAAAAGGAACUUCGUGAGGCAUUCAGGCUCUACGAUAAGGAAGGCAACGGCUAUAUCCCAACGACAUGCUUACGCGAAAUCUUAAGAGAACUGGAUGAUCAACUGACGAAUGAAGAGCUGGACAUUAUGAUUGAAGAAAUCGACUCUGAUGGCUCCGGUACAGUUGACUUCGAUGAAUUUAUGGAGAUGAUGACCGGUGAAUAGUAACCUGAAUAAGCGAUGGACUGCUUUUGGAUCUAAAGACUUAUGUUUAUGCAACGUCUUGAAAUUAAUCAUUCAUGCCUAUAUGAGAAAUCAGUGCGUACAAAGUUUAUUCGCAUAGAAAUACCUUCCAUUUUUUAUUAGUCUCGAAAAUAAAUUUCUGUCAUAAACAUCGCAUCAAAUGAACACUUUUUCCUUUUAUACACACACAUCAUAUAACACAUCCACACAACAAGUCUUAUUUUGUUCCAUAAACUUACACAGACAUAAUACCUUGUAAUUUUUUUCAUUGAAAGAUCAAUAUAUUUAUUGUUAUUAAUAAAACUGUAUAAAAGUCUCUUAUA